AUGAAAAUACAACCUCUGAAAGCUUCUUUUUAUAUCGACACGCUAUCCGUAUCAACAUCGGCGCCAACACUCCCUUCGCUAUCGUUCCAGAAUGAUGAAUUGAUUUUAUCAGCGUUACCGCGACCAAAUCGGACUGAUGCGACGCAAUUUUCGAGUUCAUCGACUCAAGCUCCGAAAGAACCUGAGGGGAAAAAUGUAUUCAAGGGUCUGAUAAGUCUCGCGCCCAUAGUUCCCGCCGCUUCCAGCGUAGUCAAAAACCCCGAAGCGGCUGAGAAGCCCGUAAAUGAGGUGAUGAAGAAACUUCGAGAAGCUCUGGAAUCUCUAAAAUUACGAGCAGCUGGCAUCGAAGAUGGCUUUGAACCACAAUUUGGAGUAAACGGCGAACGUUUGGUACCAAUGCCGACCGCUAAAAAAUAUGCUGGGAUUAAGAAAUUCAAAAUAUCCGACGCAGACAAGGUGGCGAUCCGUCCAUCAUAUGAGAAAUAUCGUUACGAGACACCAGAUGACGAUGUGUAUGAUGAUGAAUAUGAUGAUGGAUACGAACAAAAAGAAUUUCAAGUGGAACCACUAAAUGCUCAGUCUUCAACAGAAGAAAGUGGCACGGAAGAGUCAGAGAGCCCGGAAAGCACUUCAGUGAGACUCGCUCAAGGAAAAGCGUCACGUGGUCGUGGAUCAGGUCCAGCUCCAGCUAGAGGCGGGUCCAGUACAAGCAAUGGUAAAGGUGGAACAAAUGAGCACUCAGCAGCCGCAACAGGAAGUGCGACGUCACGCACUAACUACACCGGUGGCAGGCAGCGACAAAUGAAGGAACGACAUAAGAAUGCGUUCAAGCAACGUGGUGCCGAUCGAAAGAUGCGUGGAGCGUACUAA